AUGGAUAACCUGGAGGACAAUCUGACGUGUUCCGUGUGUUACUGUCUGUUUACUGACCCACGAGUGUUGUCAUGUUCUCACACCUUCUGUAAGGGCUGUCUGGACAAUGUUCUGCAGGUCUCCAUUAAUUUCUCCAUCUGGCGUCCCCUCUGCCUGCCACUCAAAUGCCCUCACUGCUGCAGAGUGGUAGAGCUGCCAACCAACGGCAUGGACGCGCUUCCUGUCAAUGUCUGUCUGCGUGCCAGUGGCUUCUGCCUCACAAUCGGGCAGCAUCAAGGUUACGCCAUCGACGACCUGCAGAUGGCGUACAUGGAGCAUGCUGUGCAGACCCAUCUUCUGGAGCCUUUGAGAGGUAAGCGCUGGGAAGUGUGCGCGCUGACGGAGCGUCCACAGCAGGAGAAGCUUCGGAGCGAAGAGCUCGUUCAGAAUGACCGUGAGGUGGUAUUGCACUUCUUUCAGGGCCUCGAUCUCAUUCUCGCCCAGAAGAAGGAGCAGUUCCUUCAGGCUCUGGACGGUGUGAGCGUGCUGCUGGCACGUGCAUACAACCCACACAUUGAGCAGCUGAAGGACAUGCAGGAAGAACAGAGCGACCUGAUCUCUCUCAGCUCCAGUAUUGAGAGAGAAGACUGUCCGUUGGUUUACCUGGAGAAGGUGCAUCAGCUGAGGGAGCGCGUGAAUGCGUUGAGUCAGAAAACAUUACCCGAGGUUCCCUGUCUUCACAUCACACCGCGAGCAGAGCAGUUCUUCGAGGAACACUGGGCACGUGUGAUGAUCAGUGGGGUCAGAGACGGCCCGCUUCCAUAAAUUACCUGUCGCACUCAGGUGUGCUCGAUGAACGGCACUCGCUCUACAAGUCAGACCUGGUUCUGGCAUCUUGGUCCAUCUUCAGCAUUAGUCCUGAUGCUGCUCGUGCUGAUACGACGGCUCUGUGUUUGAACCCGAUGGGUGGAAGCACUCUUGGGUUCUCCGUUCUGUCAGGAGUCAGUCAUAUAGCUGAAAAUGUUUCCAGUGAACUUCAUGACAUGGGGAAGUUCCUUCUCUGUCUGCUACAGAACAUCAACAUGAUGUUAUGCUCUUCUAUUUUGACUUUAGGAGAAAACACCUGUUAACAUCUGCUUACCUUUCUCCAAACACUACACUAGUGUUGAACUGCUGCUGCUGGGCCUUAUUCGUGCAACGGGAGCAAAACAAAUGUCUAUUCUUUGCGUAAAUUGAAUUGAACGCAACAAUGGUUUUAUGAACGAGUUCCACAAUUUCAGUAAGAAUAGUUGAGCAGAACCAAUUUUUCAUUUAGAGAGAUACCGAUACAAAAUUUGUUUCGUUACCCAAUUAUUUAGAUCAACAUCUGCUGUUACUGCUUUUUUUUUUUUU